CAUUUUGUCUUUAGUCACAAUGCAGCAUACAUGUAUCUAUUGUUAACAUUCUACUGGAUAAACAACAUUCAUACUGAAGGUCAUUUACUAGAACGAAAUGUAAGCCGUCCUGCAUUUAGAUCGUCGACGGAGUUCGUAGUGCUACCACUUGACGUAACCGGGUAGAUAAUUGUAUACAUCGUCUAAGGUCGCGCCUUAUAGUUUGUCUGUAAUAGGCCACAGUUGCAAUUAUAUUGUCAGUUUUCUGUGUGUGUUUCGAAGCAACAUGGAUUUCGGUUCGUCUCUCAGCUUUAACACGGUGACAGUGGCUAUCGUUGUUGUAUUGUUGAUCCUGCUAGUCAGUCGGACACUACAAUGGCCUGCCAAUGUCCCGCCCGGUCCAUCUGGCUAUCCUAUCAUAGGAAGCAUGCCUUUACUGCGAAAAGGAAACAUCCUGGAGAUAUUUCGAAAACUUCGAGCACAAUAUGGCGACGUUUUUAGUAUAAAGGUUGGACCCAAUCUUGCUGUAGUCAUCAAUGGAGCCGAUGCGUUGAAGGAAGCGUUCGUCAAGCGUGCGGAUGAAUUCUCUGACAGGCCAAGCAACUAUUUAUCCGAAACUCUUUUUCAAAAUAAAGGUAUUGGUUUCGCCUCCGGUGAUCACUGGAAACAAACACGGACUUUUUCUCUGUCGACACUUCGGAAUUUUGGAUUUGGGAAGAAAUCUUUGGAAUCAAGAGUCCAAGAAGAAAUAGGAGCUUAUUUGGAUAUCAUUGAAGAACAAAACGGACAAUCUUACAACAUAAAAGAAAUGACAACCAUGGCCAUAUCAAAUAUCAUAUGCAGUAUUACGUUCGGAAACCGAUUUGAAUACACUGACGCAAAAUUCAAACGACUAACGUCACUUUUUGCUGAGAACUUAAGGUUAAAUUCGGUUGGAGGGGCCAUACGAUCAUUUCCAGCUGUACGAUUUCUUCCUGGAGAUAUGUUCAAUGUAAAGAAGUUCAUUCAAAAUUUCACUGAUAUCAAAUGUUUUGCUCUUGAACAAAUAGCCGAGCAUCGAAAAACGUAUGAAGAGGAGAAUCAGCGAGAUUUCAUUGAUGCGUUUCUGAGUCAACAAAUCAAACAUGACGAAGAUGAUCCGAUAUUUGAUGAUAUGAACUUAUCAACAGUCGUCAUCAAUCUGUUCCUUGCCGGGACUGAAACAACAGCUACCAUGAUCCGCUGGGCGAUAAUUUACCUCAUUCACAACAAACCUAUCCAAGAUAAGCUCCGACAGGAGAUUGAGACUGUGAUCGGAACGUCAAGGCUUCCGUCACAUUGCGACAAACCCUCCAUGCCUUACUACGAAGCUUUUAUAACAGAGGUUUUCCGAAUGGGCAACAUCGCUCCACUGUCUGUGCCUCACGGUGCCAAGAAGGAUAUCCAGUUCCGAGGCAUGCUAAUCCCAAAAGGGUCGGUCAUUAUGGCAAAUCUUGACUCGGUUAUGACUGAUCCAGGCCUGUUUGAGAAUCCGGAUAGGUUUCAACCCGAGAGAUUUCUAGGAAAGGACGGAAAAAUGAACGGCAAAGAAAGGACUGUAAUGGCUUUCUCUCUAGGACGAAGAAUCUGUCUUGGGGAAUCCCUGGCGAGGUUAGAGCUAUUUUUGUUCCUAACCUCAUUGCUGCAGAGGUUCGAGUUUCUCCCAGAAAGCCCUGACAAACUCCCAUCGUUGGACUCCACCUUGGGAGUGGCGCGGGCGUCCACGGACUACAAGUGCUGCGCUGUUAAGCUGAAAUGAAACAUUAAAACAAAACAUAUGUGAGAACCUUUACCAGUAUAUAUAUAAAAAUGUGUUUUAAUUCAUUUAAUCAUUAUACAAUAUCAACCAUAUAGAAUCUCACUUCAAGUUUGUAAUAUUGCUAUUGUAUUAGUUUGCUUCAAUGAACUCAUUAUUACAUCUAAAUAUCGUUGGAUUAUAGAUAUAAACAUAUUUUUAUUAUCAGCAUAAUAACUGUAUUUUAUACUCAAGUGUCUUACUGAUUGUUCCGAAAAUAUAGUUUUGCUGAAUAUUUUUUAAGCGCGAACAAUUUGCUAGAUGUUUUUAUGUGAAAUUCUUAUUUUUGAAAAAGUAUUUUAUUCAACAAUGAAACACACAUAAAAUUUCUGAGGGAUGAAAAAAAAACAAGCUAAUGCCUUUAAAUUUCUCUUGAUAUUUCAAUAGAACUUUGUCACGGUGUAUUAUUUUACACAUGUUUUGUUCACUUUUAUUUUUUACAAUACAAAGCGUUUGGGAAGAUUGUUUUAAAAUACAGGAUGCUUUAUUUACUUUGCAUAUAACAAUUUCCCAACAAAUUAUUGCUAUAAAGUGUCCCUGUAUUUGUCCUUCUUAACAUACAAAUCAUGUUUGUGUCAAGUAGCUGUCAAAUAUAUCCGAUUCAUCACUGACAUCAGUAGAAAGUACGGACCAUACCUAUAUCACACCAUACAGAAGAAAAAUUAACUAACUUCGAGGUAUUCCACAGGUGGUCUGUUACGUUAUGCAAACGAAUACUGACGGUUAGGCAGUUUAGAUAAGCACCCAUCACGAGGGCCAAUAUACAGUUUGUCAUUGUCUUAUACUUUUUGACUGAUGUUGUAUGUAUUAUUUUUUUGUAUGUAAAGUUUAUUAUCCAUUGUUUGCAAGUUAAUAAAAUGCAUAAAAACUCUGCAAG